AUGCCUACUCAAGUUCGUAUUUUUGCUAUGCCAAAGUCUCUUGGCGAGACACUCAGUGCUAGCACCUCAACAGCGCCUACAUCUUUUCCUACCCAAGAACAUAAGACUGAAAGACCAUCGAGCCCUGAGCUCAAAAACCGCCUCCCCAUAAUGGAGACGAUACCAGAGAGGCUCAAGGCGGGCGGAAUUACGUUUGCUAGCCAAGAUAGUUUACCUAAACUACCUAUACCAGAGCUAGAACAUACGUGCAAAAAAUAUCUAACAGCCCUGAAGCCAAUACAAGGGCAUAGAGAGCAUGCUGAGACAAAGCUUGCUGUCCAAGACUUCUUAAGGAAAGAUGGGCCUGAACUUCAAAAGAAGCUUCAGGAAUAUGCCGUCGGAAAGACAAGCUAUAUAGAACAAUUUUGGUACGACUCUUAUCUAAACUUCGAUAAUCCUGUCGUCCUUAACUUGAACCCCUUCUUUCUAUUAGAAGAUGACCCUACUCCGGCAAGAAAUAACCAAGUUACCCGCGCGGCAUCUCUUGUUGCAUCGGCCCUAGAAUUUGUUCGUGCAGUGCGCCGAGAAGAAUUACCCCCUGACACAGUGAAGGGCACACCUUUAGAUAUGUACCAAUACUCUCGUCUCUUUGGCACGGCUCGAGUACCAACAGAGAAUGGUUGCCAAAUUGAACAGGAUCCCGAGUCUAAACAUAUGGUCGUGUUAUGCCACGGUCAAUUUUAUUGGUUUGAUGUCCUCGAUGAUAACUCUGACCUUAUCAUGAGCGAAAAAGAUAUAUCUAUAAAUCUCCAGACAAUAAUAGACGAUGCGGCUCAGACGCCAAUCCAGGAAGCCGCCAAGGGUGCCUUUGGUAUUCUCAGUACAGAAAACCGCAAGAUCUGGUCGGGUCUGAGAGAUGUCCUUACUAAGGAGGAGGGAUCAAAUAACGCCGACUGUCUCGGAAUCGUUGACUCGGCUUUAUUCGUACUGUGUCUCGACUAUACAGAACCGGCAACAUCAGCUGCACUAUGUCAAAAUAUGCUUUGCGGCACGAAUGAUGUGGUGAAGGGAGUACAAAUUGGUACUUGCAUCAAUCGAUGGUACGAUAAACUUCAAAUAAUCGUCUGCAAGAACGGAAGCGCGGGCAUCAAUUUCGAGCAUACUGGCGUUGAUGGUCACACUGUACUCCGAUUCGCUAGUGAUCUUUAUACGGAUACCAUAUUACGUUUCGCAAGAACCAUCAAUGGCCAAGCCCCAAGUCUAUGGAAGACGGCGAGUCCGGAUCCGUCAAAACGCGAUCCUGAAAGUUUUGGGGAUGUGACUACAACUCCCCACAAGUUAGAGUGGGAUAUAUCACCCGAGCUUAACAUUGCCAUACGAUUCGCUGAAACCAGGCUUGCUGAUCUCAUCAGCCAGAAUGAGUUCGAGUGCUUGGAUUUCAGCGGCUAUGGAAAGAACUAUAUUACUUCCGCGGGAUUUUCACCAGAUGCAUUUGUGCAGAUGGCUUUUCAAGCAGCUUACUAUGGAUUAUACGGGCGAGUUGAAUGUACUUACGAACCGGCCAUGACGAAGACAUUCCUCCACGGUAGAACCGAGGCCGUACGGACCGUAUCAGAGGAAUCGGUCAAUUUCGUUCAGUCGUUCUGGGCGGAUAACCCUGCGGAGGCUAAAGCAGAUGCCCUCCGCAAGGCGUGUCAACAACACGUCAACGUCACAAAGGAAUGCUCCAAAGGGAGAGGCUGCGACAGGCACCUCUACGCGCUGUUCUGCGUGUGGCAAAGGUAUCUGGAUGAAGAGAGCAACCGCUCACCUAGCAGCGUGGGAUAUUCAAGCCCGGUCGAGAAUGGCUCAAAUGGCUACACUUCGGACCAAGGUUCCCCUGUUGGUAGCCCUACCAGGGAAUCGGUGUCAUUGAACGAGGGACGAUCGCGUCAGCGCGGUGACAGCACAAAUUCGCGAUGCUACGACAACCAAGUCCCCGCCAUAUUUGCGGAUAAUGGGUGGGAUAAGCUGAACCACACUAUCCUUUCAACAUCCAACUGCGGAAACCCCUCUCUCCGCCAGUUUGGCUUCGGUCCGACAUCGGGCGGCGGUUUCGGGAUAGGAUACAUUAUCAAGGACGAAGGCAUCAAUAUCUGUGUUAGCAGCAAGCACAGACAGACGAAGCGCUUCGUGGACACACUCGAGAGCUAUCUUUUAGAAAUCCGGAGGAUCUUGCGCAUCACGAACCGGAAGACGACGAGCUCGAGGCAGACAAGGGCGAGAGAGAUCGACCCGGAACGUCCGAGGAUGAACCAUCAUAGAGCCAAGACGCGGGGUCGCAUGAUCACUGGUACCGACAGCUUAAGGGCGAUGGCGGCGAGAUCGAGCACGGGGACAAGGAGUCCGACGGAUGAGAGUUUGAUGAUGAGUGAGGAUGACGAAUUGGGCGGUUACGGCUUCUUCGACGCAGGAAUGCUGCUCCAAGCCCUAAAAGCACGAGGCGAAGCGCUCGACCAGCAGAAUGAAUCGAAGGCGUUAGAGAGAGCCGCGGCGAACGCGAGGAGGCGGGAGAUCGGAAAGAAAUUGAGAUUGGUGGAAUAUUGA